UCCCGCGUUUCCCCCCCCCCCGCCCCGGCGAUGUCUGCCAAGAGGAAGGCGGACGCGCUGAUCCCGGCCGAGGAGAGCGACCAGCUGCUCAUCCGGCCCCUUGGAGCUGGGCAAGAAGUAGGAAGAUCAUGCAUCAUUUUGGAGUUCAAAGGAAGAAAAAUAAUGUUGGACUGUGGGAUCCACCCUGGCCUAGAAGGAAUGGACGCCCUUCCAUACAUUGACUUGAUAGAUCCUGCUGAGAUUGAUCUCCUCUUAAUUAGUCAUUUCCACUUGGAUCAUUGCGGGGCCUUACCAUGGUUUCUACAGAAGACAAGUUUUAAGGGAAGAACAUUUAUGACUCACGCCACGAAAGCCAUUUACAGAUGGCUGCUUUCGGAUUACGUCAAAGUUAGUAACAUUUCAGCAGAUGACAUGUUGUACACCGAAACAGAUUUGGAGGAGAGCAUGGACAAAAUCGAAACUAUUAAUUUCCACGAAGUAAAAGAAGUUGCAGGAAUCAAGUUCUGGUGUUACCAUGCAGGCCAUGUUCUGGGAGCCGCCAUGUUUAUGAUCGAAAUUGCAGGUGUAAAGCUUUUAUAUACAGGGGAUUUCUCAAGACAAGAAGAUAGGCACCUAAUGGCAGCUGAAAUUCCUAAUAUUAAACCUGAUAUUCUAAUCAUUGAAUCCACCUAUGGGACCCAUAUCCACGAGAAACGUGAAGAACGAGAGGCAAGAUUCUGUAACACGGUUCAUGAUAUUGUUAACAGAGGAGGGAGAGGCCUUAUUCCCGUCUUUGCUCUGGGUCGAGCUCAAGAGCUUCUUUUGAUUUUAGAUGAAUACUGGCAGAAUCACCCAGAACUCCAUGACAUUCCUAUAUACUAUGCGUCGUCUCUUGCCAAGAAGUGCAUGGCAGUAUACCAGACAUAUGUAAAUGCGAUGAAUGACAAAAUCCGCAAGCAAAUCAACAUCAAUAAUCCAUUUGUCUUCAAACACAUUAGCAACCUCAAGAGCAUGGAUCAUUUUGAUGACAUUGGUCCCAGUGUUGUGAUGGCUUCCCCAGGAAUGAUGCAGAGUGGCUUGUCCAGAGAAUUAUUUGAGAGCUGGUGUACAGACAAAAGGAAUGGUGUCAUUAUUGCAGGAUACUGUGUAGAAGGGACACUUGCCAAGCACAUCAUGUCUGAACCUGAAGAGAUUACUACCAUGUCUGGACAAAAGCUGCCCCUGAAAAUGUCUGUAGAUUACAUUUCUUUCUCUGCUCACACAGAUUACCAACAAACCAGCGAAUUUAUUCGGGCUUUGAAGCCUCCCCAUGUGAUAUUAGUGCAUGGAGAACAGAAUGAAAUGGCCAGAUUGAAAGCAGCGUUGAUAAGGGAAUAUGAAGAUAAUGAUGACGUGCACAUAGAAGUUCACAACCCUAGGAAUACAGAAGCUGUGACAUUAAACUUUCGAGGGGAAAAACUAGCCAAGGUUAUGGGUUUCCUGGCAGACAAAAAACCAGAACAAGGCCAGCGUGUUUCAGGGAUACUGGUUAAAAGAAAUUUUAAUUAUCACAUACUUUCUCCGUGUGACCUCUCCAAUUACACUGAUUUAGCUAUGAGCACUGUAAAGCAGACUCAAGCCAUUCCUUAUACUGGCCCUUUCAACUUGUUGCUUUAUCAGCUACAGAAACUGACAGGUGAUGUGGAGGAACUAGAAGUCCAGCAAAAGCCAGCACUGAAAGUGUUCAAAAAUAUUACUGUAAUUCAGGAACCUGGAAUGGUAGUAUUAGAGUGGUUGGCAAAUCCUUCCAAUGAUAUGUAUGCAGAUACAGUAACAACAGUCAUCCUGGAAGUUCAGUCAAACCCCAAAAUUCAGAAAGGUGCGAUUCAUAAAAUUCCUAAAAAAAUAGAUAUGGAUAUUUAUGGCAAGAGGCUGGAGAUUAUGCUUCAGGACAUAUUUGGAGAAGACUGUGUAAGUCUCAAAGAUGAUUCCAUUUUAAGUAUCACAGUGGAUGGAAAGACCGCCAAUAUAUCCUUGGAGACCCGGACGGUUGAGUGUGAAGAAGGAAGUGAUGAUGAUGAGUCCCUUCGGGAAAUGAUCGAACUGGCAGCACAAAGACUCUAUGAUGCCCUCACGCCGAUCCACUGAGAAGCCCACCCUCCCUCUUUCCCACCCACCUGCCUGCUCUAUGUACAUUUCAGUCACCCCAACCCCAAACUUAUUAAUGCCUAGUCCUGUUUCCAUCCCUUCAUGAAAUAAUAAAAACUUUUUUGUGGGAAAGCCUA